AGAGGGCUCCGCCUUGCCUCACCCGCUCUCGCAGCCGCUUUCCCCCUUCUUCUCCCCACUGUACCUGGAUGGUCCGCGUCGCGGCGGCGGCGGGGCCUCCUCCACCUCCUCCUCCUCCUCCCUGGUGCCUGCGGCGGCGGCGGCGGUGGUGGUGGCGGGCGGGGGGCUUCUCGGGGUGGUGGGUUGCCGUCUGAAGAGGCAGCCAGCCCGGGCGCUGAAUGAAGAUGGACUAUGACUUCAAGGUGAAGCUGACCGGGGAGCGGGAACGCGUGGAGGACCUCUUCGAGUACGAGGGCUGCAAGGUGGGGAGGGGGACCUACGGGCACGUCUACAAGGCCAAGCGGAAGGACGGGAAAGAUGAUAAAGACUAUGCUUUGAAGCAAAUUGAAGGUACUGGGAUUUCUAUGUCUGCAUGCAGAGAAAUAGCUCUGUUGCGGGAACUCAAGCAUCCAAAUGUAAUUUCUCUGCAAAAGGUGUUUCUGUCUCAUGCUGACAGAAAAGUAUGGCUCCUUUUUGACUAUGCAGAACAUGACCUUUGGCACAUAAUAAAAUUUCACAGAGCUUCUAAGGCAAACAAGAAGCCAGUUCAGUUACCUCGAGGAAUGGUGAAAUCUCUAUUAUAUCAGAUCUUAGAUGGCAUUCAUUAUCUACAUGCUAACUGGGUAUUACACAGGGAUUUGAAACCUGCUAAUAUUUUAGUUAUGGGUGAAGGUCCUGAGCGAGGAAGAGUAAAAAUUGCUGACAUGGGCUUUGCCCGACUAUUUAAUUCACCUUUGAAGCCUUUAGCAGAUUUGGAUCCAGUAGUUGUUACAUUCUGGUAUCGAGCUCCAGAAUUACUGCUUGGAGCAAGACAUUAUACCAAAGCUAUUGAUAUUUGGGCUAUAGGGUGUAUAUUUGCAGAGCUGCUAACAUCAGAACCAAUAUUCCACUGCCGACAAGAGGAUAUAAAAACUAGUAAUCCGUAUCAUCAUGAUCAGCUGGACAGAAUAUUCAAUGUAAUGGGAUUUCCUGCAGAUAAAGAUUGGGAAGAUAUUAAAAAGAUGCCUGAACAUUCAACUUUAAUGAAAGAUUUCAGAAGAAAUACAUAUACCAACUGCAGCCUUAUAAAAUAUAUGGAAAAACAUAAAGUUAAGCCGGAUAGUAAAGCAUUCCAUUUGCUACAGAAAUUGCUUACUAUGGACCCAAUAAAGAGAAUUACCUCAGAACAGGCUAUGCAGGAUCCUUAUUUCUUAGAAGAUCCACUUCCGACAUCUGAUGUGUUUGCAGGCUGCCAGAUCCCAUAUCCAAAACGAGAAUUUUUAACUGAAGAAGAGCCUGAUGACAAAGGAGACAAAAACCAGCAGCAGCAGCAGGGCAAUAACCACACAAAUGGAACUGGCCAUCCAGGGAAUCAAGACAACAGUCACACACAAGGGCCUCCUUUGAAAAAAGUGAGAGUAGUUCCUCCUACCACUACCUCAGGUGGACUUAUUAUGACCUCAGAUUAUCAGCGUUCCAACCCCCAUGCUGCCUAUCCUAACCCUGGACCAAGCACAUCACAGCCCCAGAGUAGCAUGGGAUAUUCAACUACCUCCCAGCAGCCUCCACAGUACUCUCAUCAGACACACCGGUACUGAGCUGCAUCUGAAUAUAAAGUCAAUGCACUGUUGCUAAGGCUGCAGGACUGGCCGUGCUGCUGUCUGCCUAGAACCUGGCUUUGGGCUGCAAGAAUGUACUGGAACUGUCAGAAUGUCUGAUAGCCACGUUCUGCUACUUUUCACAGGCUGGGAGGAGUCCCUCCCACAGAUUGUACCUGUUGAUGGAAUGAGACUUGAAAAGAAAGUACUAGCACAGUUUGUGUUGUGGAUAUGCUACUUCCAUAGUUUACUUGACAUGAUUCAGACUGACCAAUGCAUUGUUUUCAGUGACAGUCUGUAGCAGUUGAAGCUGUGAAAUGUGCUAGGGGCAAGCAUUUUUGUUGUUGUGAAUUCUAUUGAUGUUGACAACAUUAUCUGACCAAUAAUACACACACACACACACACACACAAAUAUCUUAACUGGUAUUUGAAGUAUACAGUAUGUGUUAAUGAGAUGAAAACAAACUAUCUAUGGCUUCAAUUGAGAGAAUUUUUGAUAUAUAUUGAUUUUUAGUGACUUUUUUGUGGGUUGAUCCAUUUUCCACAUUGAGCAAUGUUUUAUGACCAACAAAUUUGCUGCAGAGAUUUUUUUAAAGACAUAAUAAAAAAGAAACAUAAGCAUUUUUUUCCAGCAGAUUUACAAGCUUCCCAAAGAUUAAUUUUCAACAUAUUUUGUUCUCAGAUCUAUGACUUGACUGGUAUUAAAGCUGCUAUUUGAUAGUAAUGAGUGUGUUAUUAAGAUAAAGCUGUUUGGUUCAGCAAACUAUACUGAUUGUCAUAGGCGAUGUUUUCCCCCCUCUUGGUGUUAACUGAUUUGUGAGCAUGCUUUGGAAGUUUAAAAAGCAUGAGUGA